AUUCUCCUCAGCAAGUCACAGUAAAAGUCACAAUUUUGACGUCCACACUCAAUAGUGCAAUGUCUCCCAGGACGGAUGCACUUUUUCGGAAGUGGCAACAGCGAUAUGACAUUAGUGAACAAGCUUUCCACGCGCUUUGGGGCAUCCUUGCCGCAGUUGAACAUGAUGCAGAACUCGAGAGACACAACGGUAUCAGCCACCAAGUAUUCCCUCAGAGUCAGCCACUGGAUUUGGAUGGACGUCCCACGGAUUUGUGGCUCCUCGACGGAAUGAUUGGUGCAGACGCAGGAUAUUCAUCCAUCGGCAAUGGCUCCAACCCUCAGCCAAACACAGAUGGGAACUUUAUCUCUGGAGGUUCAAACAUUGAACUAUUCGAUGGCGAUAUACUUGUUGGUGGAUACAAUACGGAGGUGGCCUACAUGCCAGAAGUUCAACCUGUUUCGGACAACCUGGAUAUCUUACCUGGGGAUACUUCGAUCCUGGCCGAGCAGCUGCCUACUCAGACCCCUUUACCACAGAUAUCGUCCUGGGGUGAACGUUUACCUAAUGGAAGGCAACAAACAUUGUAUCAGCAUUUUGACCAAGCCCAAAUAAGCUAUGUGACACCUUCUGCAACCACUCUACAUAAGAAGCGCAAUUCCGCCCAAGACGCUGCAGAAAGUGCGAUUGGUCACAAGAGACAAAAAUCAACCAAGCAGUGCAUCAAAUGUUGGAUUUCUAAACGAUCAUGCGACAAUGUCGGUGGCCAUUGCAAAACUUGCGUAGCCGCAAAAAUCCCUCAGGAAAUCUGCAUACGAACGAGACUGGCGAAUUGCCCCGUAUUCCAUAAAUGGAAGGAUACGACCUACAGCGUAAGGCUUAAAUGGUUACAUCUUCACUGGAAACCAUCUACGAGACUUGCUACACUUCGACAUGAAGAAAACGGCCCCACAAUCACGCUUGAUGCAUAUGAAUUUUGUGGAUCUUCUCCAGAUGAGAUGCUCAUCUAUUGGAAAGAGAAAGAUGGCUGGGAUUGUGCAGAGACAACGACAUUUGGAUUGAAAGCGUGCGAGGUAGAUCUGACAGAUUAUAUCAAUCAACAUCUAUCAUACUACCUCUCACAUACAGAAAGCCAAAGCUAUCUUGGACAGAUACUUGCCAAACAAAAAGUGAAGUUGGAUUCUGAGGAUGACCUUUUAGCUCGAACAUUACAACUAUGGACUGCAAACCGCCUCCUAAUGAAAGGUUGGGAACUGACCGGUGAAGAAUCAUUGGGCAUGAACCCCAUCGACAAAGACAAUUCACCUUUUUAUCACAGAAUACCAGCUCCUCGCGUGAUGCAAAAUCAAUUGGACAGCAACCUUGAGGCUUUUAUUUUUGAAAAUGAGAAGAGAGUAUUGAAGGAUCUUCAGGAAGCAAUUUUGAAACGAUCGACUUACUCCUGGAAUCUUGUCUGCUUGACCACAAUUGUGCUUUUGCAUGUGCUCGAGAAAGAUAGUUGGAGGCUAUUAUAUUGGAAAUAUCACCCUCAAGAACGCUAUGUUUGGAGACACCCUGAGUCCCCUGAGAAGUUGAUAGAGAGGAAUAUGCAUUUCUCCAACAUGUUGGUGACGUGUGUACGUUUUGCUGGCCAAGUCCCCCAGAGAUUGAAGUCCGUACUGGAGAAAACAAUAAAACCAAACUAUGAAUACAAAGAAACCGAUGACAAUAGCAUCAACGGCUCUCUAAGUCAUCUUGUGUUGAAGGAGUCCUUCAAUGAUCUAGCCUCUGUGGAGCAUUUCCUCCCUUCGACAGUGGCACAGAAUGUUGAGCUUGAUGCUUAGAAACCGAGCUGAUCUGGUGCGAGACCAGACUGUUUUCCUUUCUUUGCGCCGCGAGUGUUGUCUUUGCUUUUGCUACCCGCUAGAGAUCAUUCAGGCUCGAACUUUCAUGGCGAAAGACUUUCUAAUCCGGGCAAAUGAACAGAUCAGUUCAUCCGCCACUGAAUCGAAAGCAUUCGGUUCGUAAAUUGUACAGGCACCGCAGAACAGUGGUCAGAAUACUCUCGCUAAAGUCCCCUGUGCGUUGCCCAGAGCACCC